CCCCUGGGCUGUUUGCAGAGAGCAGUUAUAAAGAGGCUGACUGAGCAGAGAGUGGAGGAGAAUUACAAGGUGCAGGAAAACAGCAGCACCGGACCAGACUGGGUGUCUGCUUCACUCACCACGACCUGCUCUGCACCAUGGGGAAGAACAAGCUGCCCAGCAAACCAAACAUCUUCCUCCUUCUUCUCUUCUUCCUUCCUGGAAAUACCUCUCCCAACGCAGAACCGCAGUAUAUGGUGCUACUGCCCUUUGUGAUACACACGGAUUCUCCUGAGAAAGUCUGUGUUCAGCUGAGCCACCUCAAUGAGUCUGUGACUCUGAGUGCCACACUUGAGCAUCAAGGGGAGAACAGGAGCUUGAUUGAUGAUGUGGUGUCAGAGAAAGAUGUGUUCACCUGCAUCCCUUUCUCUCUACCAAAAUCCAAUAGCACAUCAGUGGCAUUUCUCACUGUGAUGGUGAAGGGGGACACCCUGCAGUUCAAGAGCCGCAAGUCAGUGCUGGUCAAGAAUUCUGAGAGCUUGGUCUUCAUCCAGACAGACAAACCCAUCUACAAGCCUGGACAAACAGUUAUGUUUCGGAUCGUCUCUCUGGACAAAGACUUCUACCCACUGAAUGAGAAGUUUCCAUUUGUCUACGUUCAGGAUCCCCAGAGGAACCGUGUGUACCAGUGGCAAGGGGUGGAACUAGAAACAGGCCUUAUACAGCUCUCCUUCCCCCUCACAUCAGACCCCAUCCAGGGCUCCUACAAAAUAGUUGUGCAGAAGAGCUUCUCAUCCCCUGUGGAACAUUUCUUCAGUGUGGAGGAAUAUGUGCUGCCCAAGUUUGAGGUCCUGGUGAAGCUGCCCAGGAUGAUCACGAUUAAGGACGACGAGCUUCCAGUGUCUGUCUGUGGUCUGUACACCUAUGGGAAACCUGUUCCUGGUUUGGUGAAUGUCCAAGUGUGCCGUAAAUUUUCCCAUUCUGCUUCAAGUUGUUACGGAAAAGAGGCAGAAUCUGUGUGUGAAGAAUUCACUAGACAGUCAGAUGCUCGUGGGUGUGUGUCUGGUCUAGUGAGGACCAAGCUAUUUCAACUCCAGCGUAGGGGAUAUGAGAUGAGCAUUGAGGUACAAGGCAAGAUCACAGAAGAUGGCACAGGAAUAGAAAUGACUGGAACAGGCUCCUGUGGUAUCACACCCAUCAUGAGCAAAAUCAGCUUUGACCUGCUGGACUCUCAGUACAGACCAGGGAUUCCACUCUUCGGGAGGGUGAAGCUGGUCGAUGGCACUGAUGCUCCAAUUGCCAAUGAAACCAUCACAGUUUCUGUGGAUGGAGACAGAUACAAAGGGAAUUACACUACAGAUGAGCAGGGACAAUCCUCGUUUUCCAUAGACACUACCACCUUCACACAAGCCUCCUUGGAAAUCCGAGCAGAUCAUAAACCUGAACUGAACUGUUAUGACAGCAACUGGAUCACGCCAUCAUAUGAGCAUGCCAUGCGUAGAAUAAGUCGGUUUUACUCCCCCAGUAAAAGCUUCCUCAAAAUUGAGCCAAAGCAUGAGACAUUAAGUUGUGGCUCCCUUGCAGAGAUCCAGGUGCACUAUAUCUUCACACGGGAGGCCAUAGGGGAGCAGAAGAAAAUUGUCAUUUACUACCUGGUGAUGGCCAAGGGAGAAAUUAUAUUAGCAGACACCCAUGAUCUGACUGUGAAUCCUGGAGAUGCUUAUGGGACAUUUCAGCUGACCCUCUCUGUUGAGGCAGCAAUCGCUCCCCUGGCACGGAUGCUUGUUUAUACCACUUCGCCCAGUGGGGAAGUCAUUGCCAGUUCAGCAGAUUUCCAGGUUGAAAGUUGUCUCCCCAAUAAAGUGAGAUUGAAUUUUGUACCUAAGGAAGGUCUUCCUGCCUCCAACACACACCUAAAACUCCAUGCCACACCAAGGUCCCUGUGUGCCCUCCGUGCUGUGGACAAGAGCGUUCUCCUUAUGAAGCCUGAAAAUGAGCUCUCUCUCAGUUCUGUGUAUGAUCUUCUUCCACUGAAGGAAAUCCGGGGUUAUAGCUUCAAGGGCUACUACCUGGAAGAAGACAAUAUAAACCCUUGUGUGUCACUUGAGAAUAUGUUACUAAAUGGAUUUGUCUACAUACCCAUUUCUCCUGAUGGUGAAGGUGAUACCUAUGACAUUCUCAAAGAAUUGGGCUUAAAAGUCUUCACUAGCAGCAAGAUCCAUAAGCCUGAAGUCUGCCAGCAUUACCCAGGACACAUGAUGGAAAGGAGUUACAGUGGUUCUAUCACUGCAAUGAAUCUACUUGAAGAUUUGGAGUUUGAGAUGGAAGAAGGUAUGGUUGGUGACAAUACUGUGGAGACUGUCCGGAAGUACUUUCCUGAGACAUGGAUCUGGGACAUAGUUUCAGUGAACUCUGAGGGAAACGCUGAUCUAGAUGUGACCAUCCCUGACACCAUCACCGAGUGGAAAGCAAAUGCAUUCUGCACUUCAGCAGACACAGGCUUUGGCCUGUCUCCAACAGUGUCCCUCAAGGCCUUUCAGCCCUUCUUUGUUGAGCUCACCAUGCCCUACUCUGUAGUGCGUGGUGAGUCCUUCACGCUGAAAGCCACCAUUUUCAACUACCUGACAGCCUGCAUCAGGGUCAGUGUGUCCCUGGCUGAAUCUACUCAUUUCCUGGCUAUACCAGCAGAGAAACAGGAAGAAUCCUACUGCAUCUGCAUGAAUGAAAGAAUAACUGUGGCUUGGGCAGUAACACCAAGAUCUCUAGGGCAGGUGGAGUUCUUGGUGAGCACUGAGGCUCUUCAGAACCAGCAACCCUGCGGGAAUGCAGUUGUGGAGACCCCUGAGAAAGGGAGGAAGGACACAGUCAUCAGACAGCUGCUGGUGGAGCCGGAAGGGACUGAAGUGGAAACUACGUACAACUCUGUGCUCUGUGCUUCUGAAAAGUCAAUGACAGAGACAGUCUCCUUGGUUCUUCCAGAGACUGUGGUGGACGGCUCAGCCAGAGCGUAUUUCUCAGUGCUAGGUGACAUCAUGGGCACUGCCAUGCAGAACCUGCACCAGCUCCUCCAGAUGCCAUUUGGCUGUGGGGAGCAGAACAUGGUCCUCUUUGCACCCAACAUCUAUGUCCUGAACUAUCUGAACAAGACAGGGCAGCUGAGUGAAGAAGUCAAAUCCAAGGCCAUUGGAUACUUAGUGAGCGGGUAUCAAAGGCAAUUGAAGUACAAACACUGGGAUGGUUCUUAUAGUACCUUUGGGCCACAUUAUGGGCAAGUUGGAAAUACCUGGCUCACAGCCUUUGUCCUCAAGUCUUUUGCCCAGGCCCGGCCUCACAUCUUCAUAGAUCAGAAGCACAUCCAGGAUGCUUUGAUCUGGCUUACUCAAAAGCAGAAGGAUAAUGGCUGUUUCCGCAGUUCUGGGACACUCCUGAACAAUGCUAUGAAGGGUGGAGUGAAUGACGAGGUCACACUGACAGCCUAUAUCACUAUUGCAUUGCUGGAGAUUCCUCUGCCUGUAACUGACUCGGUGGUGCGGAAUGCUCUGUUCUGCCUGGAAAUGGCGGCAGAUCAGAAAGAAAACCAUGUGUACACCAAGGCACUGCUAGCAUAUGCAUUUGCCCUGGCAGGGAAAACAGAUAAGCGGAAGACAUUGCUUGACUCACUUGAAAAGGAAGCCGUGAAAGAGGAUGGGUCUGUUCAUUGGCAGCGACCUGGGAAAGAGCCAGAAGUUGAUCUCCCCUACUAUCGCUACCGAGCUCCCUCUGCUGAAGUGGAGAUGACAGCCUAUGUGCUCCUUGCUUACCUCACCUCUCAGCCAGCACCUUCCCAGGAGGAGCUGUCAUUUGCAUCUCAUAUCGCAAAGUGGAUCAGUGGUCAGCAGAAUCCCAAUGGAGGCUUCUCCUCCACCCAGGACACAGUGGUGGCUCUCCAAGCCUUGUCCCUGUAUGGAGCUCUCACUUAUGCCAAGAGCGGAGCAGCUUCCAAAGUGACCCUGCAAUCUGGAGGGAACUUCCAGCAAGACUUCCAAGUGGAUCCCACCAAUCGGCUGCUGCUCCAGCGCAUGUCCCUUCCCCGGGUGCCAGGGGAGUACAGUGUGGAGGUGUCUGGUGAAGGAUGUGUCUACCUGCAGACAAGCCUGAGGUACAACGUGCAGCCCACACAGGAGGAUGCACCUUUCAUGCUUCGUGUGUACACUAUCCCAGAGACAUGUGUGGACUCCAAGGCUCACAAGGUCUUUGACAUUGGCAUAAAUGUCAGUUACACUGGAGAGCGCAACAGCUCCAACAUGGUGAUUGUUGAUGUGAAGAUGCUGUCGGGAUUCAUUCCCUUGAAGUCCUCAGUGAGGAAGCUCUCAAACACCUGGUUUCACCAGAUCCAGCGGACGGAGGUGAACUCAAAUCAUGUUUUGCUGUACAUAGAGCAGCUGAGCAGUGAGACCCUCAGCUUCUCCUUCACGGUGGAGCGGGACAUCCCCGUGCAGGGCCUGAAGCCAGCCCAGGUGAAGGUCUAUGACUACUACGAGACAGAUGAGUUUGCCACACAGGAGUACAGUGCUCCCUGCACCACAGAGGAAGUAGACCAGGGCAAUGCAUGAAGAAUACUCCCAGAUGCUGGAACCCACCUGCCUCACUACCACCAGCCCCCCCAUAGAGUGACAGAUGAAUAAUGCCUGCAAGGAGUGGGAAAUUAACUUUACAAAUAAAUUAACUGUACUCACCAA